CAAUGGGCCAUUUUGAAUAAAGUCCGCCCCUUCCUCGGGGAUCUCGGACUUGGCCGAAAUGGUCACCAUUGCCGUUUCGCCCGAGGGCCCCUGGCCAAGCGUUGCGCCGCCCGCUCUCGGCCGCGGCCCUCCACGCCCACCGCUGGGAUGCCAUGGCAGUGGCUUCUGAGCCUGCCGUUCGGCCUGCUGGUCUCGCUCAACGCGAUGCCGCACCAGAUCCGUCGCGGCCAAGCACGUGCGAUGGCUCCGAGCUGCCCAACGGGGUCUUCUGCCGCGCAGUGGAGCGUGGGCGGCGCUGCAGCUGGACCUGCUCCUUCCACUUGCGGACGUGACCGGCCCAUCCCAGCGCAAGCUCCAGUUGCCGCCGCUCAGCCCCGUUGGCAGGUGCGCUGGCGGGGAGCUGCGCCUCGUCGCCGACUUUCUACGCCGCCUGCGUGACGCGUGGGCCGUUGAUGAGGGUGGCCUGCCCGUUCCCUCGCACGCCGCCCACGGCGCUGUUGCGGCUGAAGCUCCUGUCGGCGCCGACGGCCCGAAGUUCGCCGCCAUGCUGGUGGCCUGCGCGUACAGCCCGCCCAGAGCCUUCCUCCUGCCGCUCAUGCUGCUGCUGAUGAUGGUCGAGAAAAACCAGCAGGUAAUUUUCCUAUUCAUCCCUCUCUUCUUGAAGUCGCUGGUGGUCGUCGUGCCGACGCCGCCGAUGGAGUCCUGCAUGCCCUUCCCGUCCGAGGUCAUGUUGCCUACGCGCCCCGCGGCCUCGCGUCUUGACGUGACGGCGCUGUCCCGCUGCCACCACCACCCGCUGAAGGCCAUGUUACAUGUUGCAGCUGCUCUCGCUCCAGGUUGCGGAGGUGCUGGGCCUCUCCCUCCACCAGUUGCAGUUGCUGCCCCCGAAAAGGGCCUCAUGAUGAAGCUGGUCCUCUUCAUGAGUUGCCUACCGAUGCCGCUGGUGGCGAUCUGCACGCUCCCGAAGAGCUUCCCGGUGAGGACGCUCCUCUGCGCGUACCUCUUGAUGCCGCCGCUGGCGUUCGGCAUACCCUCGAUCUGCCUCACGGCGAAGUUGUUCUGCACGAGCCUCGCGAUGCCGCCGCUGGUGGCGACCUUUAUGCUCCUCGAGAGCUCCAUGGUCGAGGCGCCCCUUUGCACGAACCCUCUGAUACUGCCGCUGGUGGCGACCCGCGAGCUCCCGAUCAGCUCCAUGGCGAAGGCGCUCUUCUGCACGAGCCUCCUGCUGCUGCCUCUGGCGGCGUCCUGCACGCUCCCGAAUUGCCUCAUGGUGAAGACGCCUCUUGGCACGAUCCUCCUGAUGCUGCCGAUGGUGUCGAGCGGCGCGCUGCCGAAGAAGUUCAAGAUGAAGACGCUCAUUAGCACGUGCCUCCUGAUGCUUCCGCUGGUGGCGCCCUUCAUGCUCCCGAACCGCUUCAUGGGGAAGACGCUCCUCUGCACGUACCUCCUGAUGCUGCCGCUGGUGGCGCUUUGCUCGCUCCCGAAGAGCCCGAAAUGAAGACGCUCAUAUGCACGAACCUCCUGACGCUGCCGCUGGUGGCGAACACCAUCUCCAGUCCCUCGCGGCGCUGUCGCUGCUUCGUUUCGUCGACAUACGCUGCUUCUUGGCCGGGAGGUCGCAACCGCGGCCAACGCUAAGCGCGCAGUUCCAGGAAUGGUGGCGGGUCAAGCGGCGUGGCGUUCUGAAGAACAACCGCCCCUACUACCGGUGCUUCGACGCUUGGGUGGCCCUGACGUUUGCCGAGGUCGCGGAGGGUGCUAGCGAGCCCGCUUCUGCCCUGCAAGUUGUCCCUGCUGAAGACACGGCUGCGCCCGACUACAUCCUUCGCGCGCCGUGGAGCGCUCCGAUAUCAUGUGGCGCCCUAGGUCGCUGCUUCUCUUCCGAGGUUGCCCACUCGGGACUGGAGGAGAGCUCAAUGGUCCAGGAUGCCCCUUCCUCUCACUUUCUCCGUCGCUCCUCGUCAGCAUCUCCCUCCGUGCACGAAAGGUGCGGAAUCCACGCCUGGAAGCCGCCCGUGUCUCCCUGGCCCCCGAUGCCGCCUUUUCCUAUUUUUUCGGCUUCCCCGAGUCACGAAAUGAAGUUAUGUAUUGACGAUCGCGCACGCUCCUCACACGCCUGUGCAGCGAGAAGCGCUGAACAUCGCAUCUAGAUGAGUUAGGUGCACUGCAGGGGCGCGCGGAGAGACAUCACUUUGUUGCCCUCUUCUCGCGUCGUGCUUGCUUGCCUUCUUCUCGUCCUCUUCAGGCUACUUUCGCUCCUCCUCCUCCUCCUCCUCCUCUUCCUCCUCCUC